AUAGGUAUUAUGUAUGCAUAUUAAAUCAUCCACCAACUUCGCCAGCGCCCCCUAAUGAUCCCCGCGUUGUUUCUGCGGUGACACGAAGUCCCACUUUCAAUGCAUUACACGCACUGCGUCACUGCAGGCAAGGACUCAUCUCCAGCUUCGCAAUAGCACAGCCGAAUUCCUCCAGGGACGGAACGUCUUCAACAUAGGUGAGAGAACGACAGCUAGACACCUGUGAACUUGAGGACAGAGCAGUCGAGACUUGAACAAGACCAAAAUGGGUUGCAUCUCCAGUUCAUCUGGCAAGGCCGAACUCAAUACGGAAGCAACAGAGAAACAAACAAAAGAUGAUGCAGCUGCUAAAGACAAACCCAUCGUUUUGGUCAUCGGCGCCAGUGGUAAUGUUGGAAGCGCCACCCUGCAAGCCUUGUCAGACAACUACAGUGACAAAGUGGAUAUUCGAGCGGGAGUUCGAGAUCCUUCUAAAGCUGAAAAGUUGACAGCCAUCAAAGGCGUCACUGUCGUGAAGGCAGAAAUGGGGGCAGAAGACCUGGAGGAGGUGUUAAAGGGAGUCGACGCUCUCUUCAUUGUUACCCCCGGUUCUGAAGAUCGCGCACAGAAGGCGGUUGCAACUGCAGAAGCGGCCAAAAAAGCUCAGGUGAAACAUCUCCUAGUGGUCAGUGUCUUGACGGCUGAUAAAACCGAUACUAUUUUUGGCAAGCAAUUUUCAGAAAUAGAAUCAACCAUUGCGAAAAUGGACGUCCCAUUCAGUUUCUUGCGAUUGCCGAUGUUUGUCGAUAAUUAUUUCCUGUUCAAAGAGUCCAUAAAAGAUCAGGGUGCGAUCUAUUCGCCAGCGGACCCCGCUCAGUCGUACACACCAGUGGUAGUGAAAGAUGUGGGUCUGGCUGCAGCGGUAAUUUUGUCUGAUCCCAAAGACCAUGCCGGGAAAACAUAUACCCUUUGUGGUGAUAAGCACUCGUUCUCCGACGUAGCAACCGCUUUUGGAGAAGCCUUGGGAAAGGAAGUUACGUACUCGCAGGUACCAUACGAGGACGCCAAGACGGCAUUUCUGGAAAAGGGUUUCCCUGAAUGGCAGGUAGACGGACUCCUGGAACUGUACAAGACGAUAGAUGACGGCACACAUACAGGUGACCCAGAUCAGUUGAAGGAGGUUACUGGAAAAGAACCUACAACACUGAAUGACUGGGUUAAAAGCGUGGCCGAGAACUUCAAAUAGAUUUAGUCAUUUUAAAGUACAUUUUAUUAUGAGCGACCUGAGUGUGAAAUUGAUUAGCAAGCAUAUUUUUAUAUGAUGCCAAUUCGAUUACAUUAGUGUUAAGUUAUCACAAAAAAACACGUCAAGACGGUACUGAAAUAUUAUUGCGACUUUUUGUAUAGACUACAUGUAUAAUGAUAGCAUUACUAAAUCUUAAUCUUAAUCCUAAGCCAAGAUGUUGUAACAAGCACUGA